AUUCCAAUUAAUAUCAAUCAAACUGCAGUUGGUCUGUUUUGAUUAAAGCCAUAAUAACUAAAAAAAUACAGCUAACUAACACAAUAAAAAAAGAUUAAGAUGUGUGCUGGCUUUUAUUAAGCAGCUACCAUAUGAAUAAUGGCAGCUCAAAUAUAGAGGGUACACGUGUCGUCACUUUCCCACGUGAACACGCCGGAACGCGCCUGCUUGACUGGUACAACACUGGGCAAAAUGAAGGGUUACAAUAUCAGGAAACGUUAUUCCGCGCAACAUUUGAGUGUCUAAGAACACCUGAUUCCUUUGUAAGUCAGGUAGUCAUAAGGAUCACCGUCGAGUCCAGCUGCUUGUAGUUUCAGCAAAUAAUUGCGUGUUUUAGUUCCGUUUUUUGUUCCUCCUAUUGAACGCAGCCAUUUUGCCUUAGUUUUACCACUCAAGGGAGCGUGUCCCAGCGUGUUCACGUGGGAAAGUGACAUCAAUGCAUACCCUCUAUUGAUAAGAAAAACGAUGACAUGUGCUACAAAGAAAUAAAGUGCACUUUAAAUUCAGAAGUAAGUAAAACUUCCAGUUACGACCUACAACAACAAAUUAUUGAACAAAAUUUGAAAAGAAAAGUUGUCAAAUGCUGAGGAAUGUGGCUGUUUGCACGACUCCCUCUGAUUCAUUGGCUAAUGGGACAUUUACUCAAUCGUGAAGCCUAUACUGAUUCUAGCUUCUUAAACUAUAGAAAAAAUACUUUUGAGUAUGGAGCCUUUAAACUAAUUCUCUGUAUCCUGCCUUAUGCAACGAAUAUAUAUUUUCCUAUUUUUCUUCUUAACUGUCAAUGCAUUAAAUCGUUUAAUAUAUAUUUGAAAAUAUAUAGAAUAUGGCAAUAUAUUGAAUAAUACAUAAGUAACAGAAGAAUUGCCACUUCUCAUAUAUUGAAAGAUAAGCACUUGGUUACAAUACAUGGAAAUGUAUAAUGUAACAUAUUGCAUUAUAUUUUCCAGUAUAAUGCAGUCCAGUGAUUGAUUCUUUAUCAAAAAAUGCAGAAGGUAAUUUUUUUUUUUACAUUUCAAAAAAGGCAAGAAAGUAAAGGUAAAAAGUUCAUUGAGAGGAUGUUUUGCAUGAGCAUGUGGAGAGUAUUACUGACUCCAUAGAGAACAGCUCAGUGGUCGCCUGCCCUGUACUGAUCUCUGCCAUUCUGCUCGAACAACAAACCACAGAGUAACCCGACUGUAAACUUCCUGAUCUGAAAAAUGACAAAAUCAAAGCAUGAUUCAUAUCUGUGAAGGACUGACAGCAGAUGAUUAAUGAUGAGAGAGAGAGAGAGAGAGAGAGAGAGAGAGAGACCUACUCAACUCUUUUUUAAAUAGAUGGAUUAUGAUGCAUUUUCUAAACAAAUCCUGACAGACAAAUAUAUAUGCAUAUUCAUGCCAAUGUUUUGUAAUGUCCGUUUGUGUAAAUGUCAUGCUAAUGAUUUUAUAUGAAUAGGUUUUGCAAGGUGCAACAGGAAAUGAUGUUGAAAAGCGUAUUGCUCUAACAUUCGGUUGCAGGUUUCAAUGUCCGCCUGUUAUAUAACAACAUAAAGCAGUUAGAAUUAGGACACCUCCGAUGCGUGAAGGCAUAAAUGGACAGUUCACUGAAAAAAGAAAAUUCUGUCAUCAUUUACUCACUCUCUUGUCUUUUCAAACCUUUAUGACUUUCUUUUUUCCGCAGAACAAAAAAGUUUCUUUUUCCCCCCAUUCAUUUCUACUAUACGGACACAAAACCAAUGCAAGUGAAUGGGGCCCGGUAAACAACAUUUUUCAAAUAUAUUAUUUUGUGUUCUGCGGAAGAAAUAAAGUCAUACAGGUUGGACAUGACAAGAGGGCAAGUAAAUGAUGACAGAAUUUUUAUGUUUGGGUGAACUAUCACUUUAUAAAGGUUUGUUAUGCAACGAUUGCGAAUGCUGUAACAAUAAAUAACACAAAUAAUGCAUUUAAAAUGACCAUCAUGAAUCUGUGAAUCGCGAAUUGUAUGUGUAAAAUGGUAUUAGUAUCUCUGUCGAUGUUUCGAGAGCGCUCUCCAUCUCUCCAUUUCUGGGUCAUAAAUGACUUGCGGAAGGACUUGACAAUUCAGCUGGUCAAAGCUGGUCAAAUGUUGGAUCAUUCUCCAAGCACCAAUGAAAAGAACGUUCACACACACCACACGCCAUAGCAAGCGGAGGGAAGCGUGGGGGGUGAGAGAGAGAGAGAAUGAAAAAGAGAGAGAGACGCUACAGAUGCAGGAGGUGGUGCUUGGACAGAUUUUCAGAGGCCUGUCUCACUUGGCAUAGAUCAGAUCAUUUACAAAAACCCACAUCCUCUAAAGCCGCUGAGCCAAUAGAGGGCGAAACAAGAGAAACUCAUCACUGGCCGCUGUCAGCAUCCUCAGCCCACCGUAGGACGAACAGCAGCCGGCUGUGGCAUCAGAACACAUAGCUGGUGAGCUCGGUGUGUGCACGUCCAGACAGCAUGCGCGUGGAGCCGUUGAGUGGCGAGUUGGACGUCAGCAACGGAACCUGGGCUCUCUCCGAGCGCUCCUUGCUGCAGCCCGUCUGGGAUUAUCUUCAGCAGAACCACGAGGGCACCUUGCGCUCGCCUCUGUUCCCCGUCGUCCUCUCCGUGUCCACGUACCUGGUGCUGGUGUUGUUCUACACCGUGAUGGACCUGCUGGCUCCCACCUGGCCCUCCAUCCGCCGCUAUCAGAUCCAUCAGGACCGCACGGUCACCUGGUCCAACAUCGGCACCACGUUGGCUCUCACCACGUACAACCAUCUGCUCUACAUCUUCCCCGCCGCCGUGGCUCAGUGGCUGUGGCGGCCGCCCGUGCCGUUACCCCGCGAGGCGCCCACCGUCUCCGCCUUCCUGCUGGGAGUCGUGGGAUGCACGGUGGUGUUCGACUUCCAGUAUUACUUGUGGCACCUCCUGCAUCAUCGCGUGGGCUGGCUGUACCGAACCUUUCAUGCGCUCCAUCACCAGUACCGCCAACCCUUCAGCCUGGUUACGCAGUACCUGUCCGCCUGGGAGCUGUUCAACGUUGGAUUCUGGGCCACGGCGGACCCUUUGCUUCUCCAGUGCCACUGUCUCACCGCCUGGGCGUUCAUGAUUUUUAACGUCUGGGUGUCCACGGAGGACCACUGCGGCUACGACUUCCCCUGGGCCAUGCACCGGCUGAUUCCCUUCGGCCUUUGGGGGGGAGCACUGCGGCACGACGCUCACCAUCAGCAGCCGGGCACUAACUUUGCCCCUUUCUUUGCCCACUGGGACUGGCUGGGGGGCACGGCUACCAUGCCCCCCCCAACGAAGACAAAAACGAAGCGAGAGAGAGAUGAAAAGGCAGCCUGAGGCUCUGUCUAACUCGCUCCCUAUCCCUUUUCACACCCUCUCGCUCUGCCUCUUAAUCAUCUCUUUAGAAUCGCUCUCGUUCGCUCCAUUCGUCCCGCCCUGUCUCGCACAUUAUCUUUGGCUAUUCAGCUCUCCGGCUCAUCGGUCCACAUGUCAUUUUUCAGAACUACAGAUCAAGUGUCUUACUAACAAACGAGUAGAGAAACGAGGUGAAGCAUCCCCGACGGAAGCGCCUUGGUCCUCUGUUUUUGUUUGUUUGUUCGUUUGAAUGUAUAAAAUGUCUAUUCUUGCAAAUUGAUAUAUUUUUCUAAAACCUCGCAACUCACCAAUUACAGGAGGUUAUGUGUGAUAUCUCAGUAUGACAACAAGUACAGCAUCACAGCGGCCGUCUGGCACCACAGCAUCACCAUAUGAGUCUAAACAUGAAAAUCUCUCCCCAUCAUCUGGCAAACGGAGAAUAGCUCUUCAUGCUGAAAGAGAGAAAGAAAAUAUUCAACUGAGACUGCAGAGAAAUUCAAUAAUCCACUGGAACUGAAUAAAUUCAUACACAAGUGUACGUCUUUAAGAAUUUACUGUAUAAAGUCAAGUCGCAUAGUAGACUUUGAACGAUGAUGUGCGAGCAAUGCUCGGAGGCCAAAUAAGCAUAAAAAUGUGAGCGUUGCAGUGUUUGUGUGUGUAUUAGAAAAAGAGGAAGAGCGAGCAGCGUCUGGCUCUCGUCCAGCAGCUCUGUAUCUCUGUGGACCUCAGGCUGAGCUUUCUAAACAGUAAGUUGUUAUCUGCGGCUCAGCACAGAAAACUUUGGACCUUUUCCCACCAGGCACUGUUGUUGACGCCUCCCCCUCUGGCACCGCAACAGAGGGUCCUUCAGGAAUGUGGAAACUGGGAGAAAAUGUGGACUGUGUUUUAAACAAGCGGUUAUGCAGGAGAGAUAAGAUAAUGCUUUGAUACACAUGAAUGGGCUAUAUCUGUUUAUGCACAAAAUCUGUGAUAUAAGAUUAAUGAUGUAAAUGAAUGGGAAUGCAUUCAAAUGCACACAGUUUUUAUCCAAUAUCAUCUAUUGCCAAGGAUAAUUAUGAUUGUACAUCAGUCACCUUAGUCAACCUGAAAUAAAAAACAGGCCAUUCUCUAUAAAACACCUUUUGCACAUACAAAACUAAAAAUCGUAUUAUUUUUAAAUCUUAUUAACGUAAAAUGGAUAUGAAAUUUUAAAAUGUUUGAUUUAAGCCUUAAUCAAUGUUUGAUUUCAAACAUUAGUGGCAUUUGAUGAUUUGUGGGUAUUUUUUUUUUCACUUUUCUUAGCAAUUUAAACCCCAAAAUAAAGAUUUCUUUAUGCUUUUAAAUGUCACUUGGUUUGAUAUUUUAUCUUCUAAUAUAAUUGCAUUCAGGAUUGUAAGUGUAUUUAACUGUCCAAAUUACUAUCCCUGUCUAAAAAUAUUCUGAUCUGGAUCUGAUGGUUGUAAACACAUAAUGCAAUACAUAAUACCUAUUAUUUUACAGCAUUGGCAUAUAUUCUUUGGUGUGUGUAAACAUGAAAUGGUCUGUAACAUUUGCCAAAAUGUGCAGCAGAGCAAACUGCUUUUUAAAAAAUGCUUGAUCUGAUAUUUCCUUUUUGGUGUGAUGAAUGAAGAGGAAAUAACAAAACUGUGACUUUUAACAUCAAUGAAAUUGCAAAAAAA